AAACCAACCCUAAACUCUUUUUAUCUCCGCUCUAAAGGUGCUGUUGUGGCUUAGAGCUCUGGGGUCAAGUUUCCUGUUUAUGCCUAGUGAGGUAAGUAAAUUUAUGGUAAUGCCCGUACUGUUUUUAAAAAUAUGUUUUGAUUUGUUUUUGAAGUGGUGGCGGGACUAAACCCGUUUUACACAAGUAUGACUGAUUUGAAGUGAAAUUUUAUGUUUUUCAUUAAAUUGAGCAUGCCUACUUGAAAGUUUAAUUGAUUGUCUUGAUGAUUUGAAAGUGAUUGGUGAAUUAUGAUUUUUCUGUUAACUUCUGCCUGUUUUGUCUCCUAUGUGGUCAUGUUAUUUCUGUAAUCCUGCUAGUGGGGGUUAAACGCUAGCACAUGUCGACAUGUAUUUCUGUAGAGCCGGUUCUUCCUGCCAAUGGGAGUUGUUAAACACUGGAAUUUCUGUAGUAUGACCCAAGACACGAAGAUUAAGGGGAGUGACGAGUUAAUUGGCUAGCUAUUGCAUUUGGAUAUAGAUUUUGAGUUUAGAUUGUCCUUGUAAGUUAGAUUCAUUAUUUUGAGUUUAAGUCAUGUUGGACACAGAUUUAUGGAAUAUAUUAUCAUUCUUGGAAUAUAGAUUGUACCUUGAAUUUUAUGGUAUUAAAACAGAUUUUGCGAGAAUAGAGUUUGUGAUUUGGAUAAGUUCCGAGCCUUGUGCAUUUGUGGGACCCUCUCAUGAGUGUACGGCGUUUGUUACGCCUCGGAUUUGGGUUUUGGGGCGUGACAUUCGAUGAAAUGCUUGAGUUAUGUAGACUUGAAACCACAUCAAUUUCUUGGAGACAAUAUACAGAUAGAUUCAAGUCACAGUGCAAGGAAAAUGUUCAUGAAGAUUUUGAUCCUACUUUGGUUACGUUGGGACAAAAAGGAAUGGCAGAUGAAUAUCUAGAACCAUUAGCUCUGUUAUUUCCCAAGUCGGGCUUGUCAAUAUCUCUAUCAUGUACUGGUAUAAAAGCUUUUGUCAAUUGUGAUGGAGGCUCACUCACUAGGUCUGAGGGAAUGAUUGAUUUACUUGGCAUGGAGGUGGCUUUGAAUCCUAACAACAAGUCAUCUAAGGGAGGUUCUGUUCAUGGCCAUUUAGUGCAAGACGAUGUACUUGUCAGUGUGAACUAGAAGGUAAUUAUUCAAAUUCUGAAAUUGGACUCUAUAAUUACUGGCAACCAGAAUCUUGAGUCUUGGAGUUCUCUUGAAAUGAAUCCUUUGAGUUUGA